AUGAAGCUAUUACCUCUGCUGCUGGCUGUUGUGCUCGUGCAACGCUGUGCGAGCCAGAACGCCGUGCGAGAAGUAACUAUGGACAAUGCAGACGCUCGGGUGAUUGGUUUCACGGACCGCACCAAUAAUGGGCAACGGCCUACUUUGUGGAACAAGGCUCAAUUUGGGCUCGCAGAGCAGCAACCUGCCCUGUCUAGCAAGGACCCUGUCGAAGCAGGCAAGACUGCAAGGAGCUCUGCUGAAACUACAACUACAACGACAGAUUUGUGGCCCCGUCGAUGGAUCAAGUUUCUCGACGGUAGCUGGCUGAAUGAGUUCUGGGUGCAAUGCGAGCGCGAUCCUGUGUUCAGGGCGGGUGCGACACAGAACUUCAGCGCGAUGCAAGCAUUUGUAGCGUUCGUGUCUAUCGGAUACGCCGUUGUCGCAAUGUGGCUCGGUCCGAUAAAGCUCACACAUUGGCAGCGACGCAGCGUUCUGGUCACAUACACAGCAGCAGGAAUCGUCCAAGCGGUUUUUCUUGCACACGCCUCCAGCUUUAUGGACAUCCACUACGCGUAUCCGUCGACAUUGCUGCUAGUAAUAAUCUUCUUCGUAGCGUUUAACCUCAUGAAUGCGCUGCUAGUGCUGGAGUCCGAGGAGUCGGAACCUGUAGUCGAAGCUCAAGUGCAGCAGAUCGUCGAGGUGUCUUCAACGCGCGUAAUAACAGCAGAACGCGCCGCCUGCUGCUAAACCUGUACCAUAUUAUCAGGAAUGAAGCAUCUGCCGCUUCAUUCAUCGUCCAUUGAGAACGAGAGCAGCUUCUUGUUGCUGAGUGUUGGUUGAUCUGCACGUUUGCGCUUCUUCUUCUUGCUGCCAUUGGACGCUGUGGCUUUGCCUUUGCCCAUCUGCACCACCGUUUGUCCACUCUUCUUCUUCUUGUCGUUGUCGUUCUCUUUUCCAUCGGCUGCUUCCAUUUUCUUCUUUUUCUCCUCUUUUUUCUCUUUCUUCUGCGCCAGAUAUUCGUCGAUCGCCGCCUGCUGCACCUCGUCUAGCCCUUCGUCUUCCUCCUCUCCAGGCUUUGGUAGCGUCGCGAACUUGGCCUGGAUGGCCGGCGGUUGGUGAUAUUUCUGCAGAAAUUUAGGGAUCACGCGGGUGAACUGCGGUCCUUUGCCUCGAGCCUUCCCCUUGCC